CUGUAAAUAAAGAGGGCAGUUAGAGCCUCACACUCAUUGUGUUAUUUUCAAGCCUUCAACAGCUACUCCCGGCCAUGCCUGAACCCACCAAGUCGGCUCCGGCCCCGAAGAAGGGCUCCAAGAAGGCGGUGACCAAGGCGCAGAAGAAGGACGGCAAGAAGCGCAAGCGCAGCCGCAAGGAGAGCUACUCGGUGUACGUGUACAAGGUGCUGAAGCAGGUGCACCCCGACACGGGCAUCUCGUCCAAGGCCAUGGGCAUCAUGAACUCGUUCGUCAACGACAUCUUCGAGCGCAUCGCGGGCGAGGCGUCCCGCCUGGCGCAUUACAACAAGCGCUCGACCAUCACGUCCCGGGAGAUCCAGACGGCCGUGCGCCUGCUGCUGCCCGGGGAGCUGGCCAAGCACGCCGUGUCCGAGGGCACCAAGGCCGUCACCAAGUACACCAGCGCCAAGUGAGCCCUCC